GUGGCUGCAAAGAAGCCUGGAGACUGUUUUUCAGUUCAGCACGUGUGGGGGGAGGAGGGAGCAGUGUCACCUACAGCCUGGGGAGGGCGUGGCCGUUCCUUCACCUCCCUUCCAAGCCCGCCCCGCCCCCCACAUUCACUAGGGUGGCCCAGGAAUUAGACAAAGGUCUCCCAGGGCGUGUGCCGGGUUUCAGCCACCAGCAGCGACACUUUAGCCUGCAGACUUCAGACGGUGGGCCUUUUUAUGGCAGAGCAGCCGCAGGGUGGCGGGCCGGCCUGCAGAACCACACGUUCCAGCACACGGUGUACUGUCAGGACUGGAGCCCGGACGUAGGGCUCUCCGAGGUCUACGACGAGGACCAGCUCUUCUCCUUCGACUUUUCCCAGAACACCCGAGUGCCUCGCCUGCCCGAGUUUGCUGACUGGGCACAGAAGUCUGGAGAUGCCUCCACCAUUUUCUUUGACAAAGCAUUCUGCCAAGCCAUGGUCCAGGAAGUAGGCCCGCAGCUGGAAGGGAAAAUCCCGGUGUCUAGAGGGUUUCCCGUGGUCGAGGUGUUCACGCUGAAGCCCCUGGAGUUCGGCAAGCCCAACACGCUGGUCUGCUUUGUCAGCAACCUCUUCCCGCCCACGCUGACGGUGGCCUGGCAGCAUCACCUGGCCCCCGUGGAGGGCGCCGGGCCCACUUUCGUCUCUGCCCUCGAUGGACUCAGCUUCCAGGCCUUUUCUUACUUAAACUUCACCCCGGCACCCUCGGACCUUUUCUCCUGCAUUGUCACUCAUGAGAUUGACGGCUACACAGCGAUUGCCUACUGGGUGCCCCACAACCCGCUGCCCUCGGAUCUGCUGGAGAAUGUGCUGUGCGGCGUGGCCUUCGGCCUGGGUGUGCUGGGCAUCCUUGUUGGCUUGGUCCUCAUCAUCCACUUCCGGAAGCCUUGCUCAGGCGACUGACUUCCUGAUCCGAGUCUGAUGCCAGCACCCGGGCCAUCCCAGCAGGGGCUGCUCCCGUUCCUCACAGCCUGCCCAGCAUCGCUCCUCCUCAGAGCAGAAGGCCCUGGGCCUCCCCUCGGCCUUCUAUGCACAUGUGUGUUCGUGUAUCUGUGCACGUGCGUGUGCAUGUGUGUUCAUGUGUGUGCAGGUUUCUCAGCUGGGGCUGUGCUGCCCCGGCCUCCAUCCCAGGGAACCCAGUGGCCUUUCUAUCGUGACCACAAUCCUUCCCACUUCAAGGCAAUAAAUCUCAUUACUUUUU